AUGACUACACCCACCAACCCUGAUGGAUCCGAAGAUGUGAACGACUUCCUGUCGCGCAUUCGAGAACUAGGCGAGCGACGCGACAAGGAAGACGAAGAACGCACUAAGAAGCUAGAGGAGGAGAUUCUGCAGGGCCGGAAAGAAAGACAGGCCCGACGAGCUGAGCGAGCACGAUCGAUUGCCCCCACUAAUGAUUCACCCACGCUAAGUGCCUCGCUGGGCCACCGUUCCAUCGAUCCUCCCGAGCAGCUCGAGCCGACUCUGCAGACACUAGAUCCCGAAACCCCGGGAAGGGCUGACCGGACUCCAGAUACAGCGGCGCAAGAAGACCACUCAAGGCGCGGGUCUGUCCAGGACGCAGAAAUGGAUUCCCCAUCGCGAGCACUGCCACCGUUGUCGCGGAGCCGAACGGGGACCUUGUCGUGGCAGCAACGUCCGUCCUCGCGGGAUUUCGGUAGCAAGUCCCCCGGCUCUGCAUCUCCCACUCGUUCAAGCCACCUGAGGAAUGCGUCGACGGCAUCGGAUGAGAACCAGUUGUCUCGCGCCCAGAUCGCACAAUCGCUCUCGUCCAAGGACCCCUCUUGGUUUCGUCAGACCCCAGACCGAGGACUUGGCUCUCCUGCAUACCGAAAGAGCGAAGAACCGCCGGAUCACCGCACUGACUUGGGUAUGGGUCGGAGGUUGCCAGGCAUGAGUCGCGAAUCGACGGCAGAGCCAGAAAAGACGGAUGGCGCAGAGGAGAUAUCACCACCGAGGACGGCUUCCACAGCUGGCGACAGCAGCCUGGACCAUCGGUACUCGAGCGUGUCCUCGGUCUCGCAGGCUACUCGACUGGGGUCGCCGCGCCGCAUGUCACCAGAGCGGACUCGUUCUACAUCGCCCACCAAAGGCCUCGGUGGCUUCGUGCAGAGCGCCAUGAUGAAGCGGUCAGACAGCGUUUCGAAGCGGUGGAGCGCGCAAAUCCCCCAAGGACUCAGCCGAGGCAAUUCCGUUAUAAAAAAUCGGAACAGCUUUGUCGGCCCUAGUCUCAGUGACAUGGCUCCUGCUACAACCGGCUUGCGGGAUAGCCGGGAAGUCUCAUCCUUUCCCUCCGAACGACCCUUUUCCAGUCACAGUGAGGCAACCGUGGCGCGCCCAACCAGCUCCACUGAAAGACCAACCACGCCUUCCACGGGGAAUAAUGAUAUUGGGCGGGCGGAGGGCAGUCCGAGCAGGCCGGCACUGUAUGGUCAUGCUCGGUCUGGCAGCUUGGUGAAUCAAGAAACUCAAGGUUCGGAUACGCCAUCAAGCCCUUCGGUAUCGAGGACUAUGGAUCCCAAGCGUUGGAGCCCUACCAAAGCCAGUUGGUUGGAGAGUGCUCUCAAUCGACCUGAAACAUCUCCGCGGCACAAGAAGCAACCGUCGCAAUCAUCUUGGGCUAGAGAGCGACAGUCCAGAGGCAGUGUGGAUAUGGGAAGGGUGAACAACUUUAAGGAAGUCACUCCAGUGGGUUUGAUGCGAACGCCUCCGCUAGGAACCCAUUUCAAGAAGCCCAGCAUCACGGGGACACCGUCCAUUUAUGGCAGUUCAGACGCCAACAAAGCGAAAGAACCCGUGCCGGAACCCCCGGCUGCUGCUGCAGAAACCGAGAAACCGCCAACUAAGGUUGAACCUGAGAAGACCAGGGAUGCGCCUCCUGUUUUGCAAGAGACUGAACCGCAAAAGCCAACGGCAGUUCCUGAGCCUAGCCCCAAGCCUGAACCGUCUUUGGAGCCGGAGCUUUCCUCCAAGUCUGAGCAAUACAAGACUGAGCCUUCCCCAGAACCUGAAACAUCCCGCAAAACAUCGCCUCCAGUCUUGGGUGCAAAACCAAACUUGUCAAUUUCACCUGUGUCUUCGCGGGAACCGACUGCGUCCAAGCCGAAGCCUCAGUCUCCUGCGAUGGAUCUCCGAGCCAACCUACGGAAGCGAGAUACCGCCAAAGACACUGGGCCCACGCAAGAACCGGAAUUCAAGAAUGUAUUUGGAAAACUGAAGAAGACCGAGACUCGCAACUACGUUGCGCCAGACGAGCUCAAGAGCAAUAUUCUACGAGGCAAAGCUGCUCUGAAUGUCACAGGUGGCCCCAAGAAGACCCAGCGUGUUGAUGAAUUCAAGGAUAGUAUCUUGAAGCAGAAGGAGGCCAUGAAGGCUGGUGGAGGCUCUGUUAGACGAAAUACGGCAGGAGAGGACGAUGCACCGCCAAAACGAACUAGUGCGGUGCCAGAGGCGAUCGCAAAACGGAACACCAUGACAAGGACGAACAGUGUCCGACAAAAAAUCCCUUCCAACGAAUCGAGUCCUAGGCCUUCUGCAGAUAUCGGUACACCCCGAACAUCCCAAGACCAACAGCCACAGUCUCCUCCACCUCGCGAGAGCGUUAACGAAGAACCUCAUGCGAUAACGACGCCUAUUGAGCCCGAGGCAGACGACCUCAGAUUUCAGUCUUCCUUGAAGCAGGAGGAAAACCAGCAGAAUUCGGUGAACUCCAUCGAGCCAAGCACGGAGGCGGCACAGAAGCCUGUCACUGAGGCAAUCAACUCGGUUCGUGGCUUGCCAUCGGCGAAUGUUGCAGAGACUGCUGGUGCGGCGUCUGUAACCCCAAGUCUGGCUGCUAAAGGGAAACUUGCAGGCCGAAUCAACCCUGCCCUAGCAGGUAUCCUGUCUCGAGGUCCGCCCGCCGCUGCUGAACACCCUAACAAGAAGGAGCCGGUGACGCCGGUCUCGGGAGAGGGUGGGCUUGCUUCAUCCUCUACGUCUCUGACUCACAAGACAAAGGGUCGUGCCAGAGGGCCUAAGAGACGACUCCCCAAGGGAUCUGCUGCUCCAGCUACCUCGUCUGCUCAAAGUACCCAGGAGGUUGGUGCCAUUUCGUCUUCUGAAGUCACAAAGCCGCAAACUGCCCCCGUGUUUGUUGACUCUUCGGACAACAACUCAGAGCGUCUGUCACAGCCCAAUUCAGUUCCUGACGUUGAAAACACCCGUCCAGAAAGCCCGGUCACCAGGCAGGUCCUUGGAGUAAAGACCAGCUUCCAGGAUGCCCUCAAUAGUGGGCUUCAGCAGGGACUUGGAACACCCUCUCCUAAAACUGCUGGGGAUGUCAACGGAUACGUUUCUCGAAAUGUCGAUCAUGCGCCUCGUGGGGUUGAAACUCCUGGGGCCGUUAGUCCGUCAAGCAGGCCACUUGUGCCGCCAAAGCCCAGUUCAUCGCCCUCGCCUCCGCCUUCCACGUCGAAGCCACAAUGGAGCCAGCAGGCUCGGUACGCUUCGUCUUCGCCGUCCCCUCUCCGGACAAGUUUCAAAGAAAACCGGAUGGAAACACCUUCGACCCCUUCACAGAAAAGCAUUCCUGGUGUGACGGUAGCCGAAGUGCGAGACCCCGUCCCACGGAACUUCAGCCAUCCCUCUCCACCAGUCCCUAUCAAGCGUGCCGACAUCUCCCUGGAGAAGCCUGCCGACCCGCACAGACUUUCUCGUAAAAUGUCUGCGCCAUCGCUAGUCGCGCAGGCGGCAGAGGCACGCGAGGUCAUUGCGGGCUUCUUCAAGACGUCCCCCAACCCCCGAGACCGCAUGGAUAUUGACCCGCAAUUGAUGCUGAAUAGCAAAGCAGACGACACCAAAAUGCGAACCGUGAAGCGUCACAUAUGGGAGCUUACGGGCGAUGGCAAGCGCCAAGAGCUUCCUGUCAACCAGGAGUACAUCUUGUACGAGGGUAGCAUGUACCUGUGUGUGCACCUGUUCGAAGCACAAGGCGGCAACAAGACUGACGUAUACCUUUGGUGUGGCGACGACGUCUCAGAAGCGGCUUUGGAAGACGCCCAGCUUUUUGCACGCAAAGUGGCCCGGGAGAAUAGCUGCAAAUUGGCGGUGAUCCGGCAAGGCAAGGAGCCGAGGGGCUUUAUUCAAGCCCUUGGUGGAAUCAUGAUCACCCGCCGUGGGUCUAGCUCCCGUUCUAAUUCAUCCGCCCUAUAUAUGCUCUGCGGCCGCAAGCACCUGGGGCAAAUGGCUUUCGAUGAAGUGGACUACUCGCUGCGCAACCUGUGUUCUGGCUUCCCAUUCGUGAUUUCCGCUCCCUUUGGCAAGCUGUAUCUGUGGAAAGGCAAGGGCAGUGGGCCGGAGGAAACGGGUGCGGCCCGGCUCAUUGGCAUGGAUCUCGGCCUGACCGGCGAGUUCGAGGAGGUUGCCGAAGACGAGGAGCCCGAGAGUUUCUAUGAGGUCUUUGCGGGAUCUCGGGAAGCUGCUCCUCACUUGUUGUCGGAGUAUUGGAAGCUCAAACCGAAGUAUGACCACUUCCGCACUCGCCUCCUCCGCGUCGAUCAUGAACGAGGCCAACCACAUCGAUUCUGGAUGCGCCGUCCGGGCUCGGGCUCCCCCGUCGUCCGGCCCAAUGAUACAGUCCAGGAAGUUGAACCCUUCUGCUACAAGGACCUAACGGAGAAAGACGUCUAUGUUCUGGAUACGUUCUUUGAGAUAUAUGUAAUCGUGGGUGAGCACGCGUCUCAGAAAUCGGCCGAGUUCGCGUCGGCAGUGGUCUUUGCGCACGAGUACGGAAUCCUGGCCACCUCGCUGCAGGAUCGACCAUUCAUCCCGAAGAGUCUGGUCGCGCUGGGCGGGAUCCCAGACCGUUGUCAGAGUGCGUUCCGCAAGUGGGAUCAGCGAUCUUUGCACGCUCCCUGCGUGUUCCCUCUGGACGUAGCGAUCGAGGCCAUUCGAUCUCAGGAGGGAAGAGACUAA